UUGGCUGGGGGAGGGGGCUUGGAGCUGGAGAGAGUGCUGAGCAGGCAUUCAUGAGAUACGGUGAGGCGAGCGUCUUUCCUCCUGCCUCCCACUUCAGAUGCAAGGACAGGCUGGAGCGCUGUGGCUGGGUUAAUAGCACGGAGAGGGAGCACGACUGGAUUGGAAUCUCAAGAGUGACAGCGCCGUGAAUGAAGCACCUUCUACUUCUUCCGUCUGUCCUAGGCUUCCUCUGUCCGAGGAGAGAUGGGGAAUCAUUUAAAGUGAACUGCACCAUCUCCGGGCAGAGUGAUGGGACCGAGAGGAGCAGGGCAGGAGAGCUGCUUGCUGUUGGGAUAAUCUCUAAUCUUAGCCUCUUUGCUGUGCAACAUCCCUGGUUUACAGUUUUGGUGUCUUUUUAAGAGCAAUGUGGAUUGAAGGUUUUAUAUGGCACUUGGGAUAAUCCGCAAGACUGUCGCUCUCCCUUGCAAAAGCAAACCAGACCAUUGCUCUCCCUGGGUCUCUCUCUCUUUUCCUCCCCCUUUUGACUGUGGGGAGGGGGAGACUGUGGCACCAAAGACGAUGUUUUCUGUGCAGGGAAGACUUCUCCACAAGUAAGCCCAGGGGUUUCCUAACUCCUGGCUGAGCAGGGGUUUUGUGUUAGCCAAGGGGGCUGCUUUUGCAACUCACUUUACUCCUUGACAGAAUCAUGGCAGGCAAAAGAACAGCUGGCAGAAAACAUUAGGGGGUGGGUGGGAGCCAACUAAGGAAGUUGUGGAAAGCCUGUCCUUCCCAACCAAACAAAACUGCAAAGAUUCUUGUCAAUACUAACUCUGGAACACUUUUGACGUCACCAUGCGCAGAUCUAGCACCGAUGAAUCAACUUAUCAUAGGAGCCCUUCUGUGGACAGCAAGGAUUACAGUUUUCCCAAUGGCGCCUUCCGUCGCUACAGCAGCAUGUACGGCGGCCAAUUUGGAGCCGCAAGUAACUCUUUUUUUGGAUUCCAUACCAACCCGGGUCCUAAGGCCACCAAGGCUAAGUACACCUCCCCCAAGGGGAACAAGUAUGUGGUCUUUUACUUGGAUCUCUCCUUUAUUUUUCUUCUAGAACUGAAGAGGUGCAGCAUGGCUCACAACUGCCUGCAGUGCAUUAAGUACCUCAUGUUUGUCUUCAACUUGCUCUUCUGGCUGGGAGGCUGUGGGAUCCUUGGAGUUGGCAUAUGGCUAGCCGUUACUCAAGGGAACUUCGCUACCCUCUCUUCUUCCUUCCCUUCUCUGUCAGCUGCCAACCUGUUGAUCAUUACAGGGACUUUUGUGAUGAUCAUUGGCUUUGUGGGAUGCAUAGGAGCCAUCAAAGAAAACAAGUGCCUCCUACUCAGUUUUUUUAUCAUGCUGUUAAUUAUCUUUGUGCUGGAGCUCACGGUGGUGAUUCUUUUCUUCGUCUACACCGACAAGAUCGAUAAGUAUGCUCAGCGGGACCUGAAGAAAGGGCUUCAUUUGUACGGAACUGAUGGAAAUAUUGGUUUAACUAAUGCAUGGAGCAUCAUACAAACAGAUUUCAGAUGCUGUGGUGUUUCCAACUACACUGACUGGUUUGAAGUGUACAAUACCACACGGGUGCCAGAUUCAUGCUGCUUGGAAUUUAGUGAAAACUGUGGACUUCAUUCCCCAGGGACCUGGUGGAAAGCUCCUUGCUACGAAACAGUGAAAUUAUGGCUUCAGGAGAACCUGUUAGCAGUUGGGAUUUUUGGAUUGUGCACAGCAUUGGUUCAGAUUCUUGGACUGACAUUUGCAAUGACCAUGUAUUGUCAGGUUGUCAAGGCAGACACCUACUGUGCAUAAAAAUCAUCUUCAGGGUCCAUCAGCCACCUCUCCACAAGACAAAAGAGAGGACCCUCCAUCCUGUUGUCAUAUUUUUUCUAUGUAAAAUAAACUGUAUAAUCCUCUAUGGAAAAAUUGUGGAUCACCCUAGUUUUGUCACACCACUCAAACGGUAUCAUCGUGGAACUCAGACUUGCUCCGACAAAAAUAAAUUCUUCUCUCUAAAAUGGCAAGAAAACAAAGAAAGGAGCGGCUCUCUGUUGCACAGACUGUGGUUUAGUCCGAGGCGGAGUUUAAUCUCUGCAGGCUGUUGACAAAUAGAAAUGUUCCCAUCUAGCCCUAUUUCAUCAGUUCUCAAAGUACAGGGAGCCCUUUCUCAUGAUGAUAGAGAGGAUGUGGAGCAGCCAUUUCUUAGCAUUUGGUUUUAGCCAGCCUAGCACCUCGGCCCAGGGGCAUAUGCUUUGGACUCUCAAAAUUGUGUCAUGGAAUGAGAGGUCUUUGGGGAAAGCGUGAAGAAAGGGUUUCAGAUGUCGAAUCAGAUCUGGCUUGUAAACAGAACUGGAAUUCUUACUCUUUAAAUCAGUGUGUAAUGAUGUUCAAGUACUAAUGUCUGAAUACAACCAUAUAGAUACACACCGACAAUUCUAGCAGCUGCCUACAAAGCACAUCAGUCUUCUUUUCCUUUGUAUUCCACGGGACCAUGGAGUCAAAUGGAAAGAUCUCCUAGGGAAGAAACUUGGGCCACUGAAAAACAAGCAAUUGCAUCAAACAGAUUUAUUCUUCAGCGGAUAUGUAAUCACCUUUCUGUCAUUGUCCUCUGGAUUUUCUUUUAAGUGUCAUUCCAGUUUUGGUGUUCCAAUAUAUCCCUUAUUUUCUGUUGUUGGUCCCUUUGUCUCUUUGCCUUUUCCUUAAUUUGCUAUAUCAUAUUUUUACCUUUAAAUAGGGUAGAUUCAUUAGGGGGGGGAAAAACCCAUGCUGUAAACAUGCUUUGUAGCUGCUUUUUAAAGAAACAAAUUAUUCCAAGAAGGAAUUGAGAGGUUUGAAUUGAAGAAAUUCCCCACUAACCAAAAAGGUUUUAAACAGACAUUCAUUUCCCUUUUUUCUUUUCUCUGCAUUAAUAUACAUAGAAGAACAUGCAGGUAAAGAUUUUCAAGCACAUUCCCAUCACUGUUUACAACCAUAGGCUAGUGAAAGGCUAGCAUAGAUUAUCUGCUCUCUGUCUCAACAAUGAAGAUUUAGAUCAAAAUGCUUGAUGGAUUAGCUGUAUCUGUCUUGCUUUAAUAAAUCAUAUAUCAAUAAAAUGAGUGGAUUAUCAUUGUAGGUGAGCACUAAUAUGUGUGUUAAUACCUGCAUGCUGAAAAAAGAUUGAGCAGACUUAGAAUGCAUAGUUGUAAGCCAGUAUUUUUUAAAAAAAUUAUAUACCACUAUAAUGAUAUAUUAUAGUUAUGAUAGAUAUCAUAAGAUAUCUAUGAUAUCAUAACUGGAACUGUUCUUCAUCAUGAAUAUGGUGUUCAUGAUCUUAACAUCCAAGAAUUUAUGGUCAGUGUGUAUACAUUGUUAGUGCACUCAGAGGCCAUUUAAAGACAGUUCCCUUCCCUUCUGUUCUGCUCAAAAAAAUAAAAAUAAAAGCAAAGGGACAUUAAUUCAGCCAUUUCCUUUCUUUCCAUCCUUUUACGUUCAGUAGAUCAUUGUUUAUUUUUCCAGUAAUGGAAGCUAAUGAGUCAGGUUGGUGUGGUGGUUAAAGCACCAGGCUAGAAACCAGAAGACAAUGAGUUCUAAUCCUGCGCCUUAGAAGCAAAGACAGCUGGUGGGUGACUUUGGGCCAGUUGCUCUGUCUCAGACUGAGGAAGUAGGCCAUGGCAAACCACUUCUGAAUUCUUGUGAAGAAACCUGCAAGGACUCGUCCAGGCAGCCACCAGGAGUAAAAACUGACUCAAAAGUACCCCCUCCCAAAAAAGGAGGACAAGACCAUGCAACCCUGUGUUGAGGCCUGUAGGUUAAUACAAGUUAUUUUCCCCUUAAUAUUCAUAGCUCUUUGAAGUAUAUAAGAAUGAAAGUUUACAACUGCAAAAAGAGAGUCAACCAUAUAAAAUCAAGGCCAACCAUAUCAGUAAAACCUAACACCCUUAACUAAGAUCUCCCUCUGCAAAACUAAAGUUUCAUGAUUCCAUGCAGUGUGUGUGGGGGGGGGGGGGAAUCCUACAUCUGACACAUAUGCUUGAUUGAUGACAAAGCAGCCAAUUUAGAGUACAGUAUUAUCCAUUUAUAAACUGUAUAAAUAGCUUCAAUACAAAUAUACAAAGAAGAAACAUGAAAUGUGACAAUAUCUUGACUAUGAUAGGAAAUCUAGAACAUUCUAAUCAUUUUCUGUAAAGAAGCACUACCUCAGGGCUGUAAUUCAAGAAAGAAGUAGUAUAGGUUAGGAUUUGAUCUUUAGACCAACUGGUGCCCAUGCUCUAUAGAAGUGCUCUCCAACUGUUUCGCACCAGGGGCUGGUUUCAUGGAAGACAAUUUUUCCAUGGACAACCUAGAUCCCAUGCAUGUGCAGUUUCACUCGCCCACCACUCACCUCCAGUUGUGCUGUCUGGUGCCUACAGGCCACGGAUCAGUACUGGUCUGUGGCUCAGGGAUUGGGGACCCCUGCUCUAGACCAGUGUUUCUCAACCUUGGAACUUCAAGAUGUGUGGACUUCAACAUCCAGAAUUUGCCAGCCAGCAUGGUUGGCUGAGGAAUUCUGGAAGCUGAAGUCCACAUAUCUUAAAAUAGCCAAGACUGAGAAACACUGCUCUAGAGUUUAUCAAUUAGCAUAUUGCCUACCCAAAUUCAUACAUGAGUGAAGAGUUGAAGAGUCCAGCAGUAGUCAGUCAUAGCAAAUGUAUACAAAUUCCUAUUCCACCCUGCAGUUGACACUUUUGAUUCCUCUUGUCCUAUUAAAUGUGCAUACAAUGGACAAGUUUGACUUUAAGCAAUAAUGUACAUGUUAUUUUCCAAUUAUUCUGUAGUUUUGAUUCUUUCCCCUACACAAGAACAAAGAGUGACUUUGAAAUUCCAUUGCUCUUAGUUGUCAUUGCUCAUUAUUUUUGACUGUUUUACAAGCACACCUACUGACAGCUUUUAGAUUGCCGUCUCUGAAGACCGUUAUCAUAAAAUAAGGCAAUACGAAUAAAAAAUAGGUUCUAAAAGUAAAAGAUGAGUUCUAAAAAUAUUAAAGUACUCCUGAACAUCCCCUUUAUACAAAUAAAAGUAGGUGACUCAGCAGAAUUACUCACAGAAAUUAAGUCAUAGAAGUGAGCAGGAAUCUCAGUAGGGAAUGUUGGUGUUAGUCACGAAGUCGUAUCCGACCCAUUGCGACCUCAUGCACAACAUUCCUCCAGGCCUUCCUGUCCACUACCACAGCAGGGAAUAGGUAGGCAUUAAUCAUUUCUUAAUACUGAUUGAAAAAGAAAGAAACUAAUAACAAAGCCCAAAAGUUAAACAAUAACCUCAAAGGCUUCCUGAAUUUUACAGAACAAACAGUAACAAGCAUUUCAUAGUUUGGAAAUCUAGAUGAAUAGCCUUGCUGUCUAUUGUGUGUAUGCUGGCCAUUCACUGCAAAGAUGGAGGACUUGCUGUUUCUGCAACAUCACAAGAAGAUAGGUAGGGUUUACACUUGUUGGGUCUUUGUGUUUAGAAGGCCAAGAUAAUUCUAAGCUGGGGAUUUAAUUUUCAGUACCCAAACUGAACCAGCUAGUAAUGUUUUCAUAUUUAACCUUAUUAUUUAUUAAGUUUAUAAGCUGCUUUAAUCACUAAUGACAUGUGAAAGGCCACUCUUUGCUUUCUAAAACUUUAUUUCAGGAGAUUAAUUUUAAUGGAAAGACUACUUUCUUGCUGUUGUUAAAUAAUUGGAACCUCUUUUCAGGAAACUGUACAUCACCUAAAUAUCUAGCAUCAGAUUCCAAUAUCCCUUCUGCAUUGCUGGCAACAUAAACAAUUCCACACCUAUUGAGUAACCCUAACCUAAAAAACACCAUCAUGUUAGUAACUUUAAAUAUCUUCAUAGGAAGCCUAAAUCAUCAUCACACUAUCCAGAGAGGAUGCUGUUCUUGUUUCACAGGACAUUGUCAUGACAAAAGGCAGGUGCUGAAAAUCCAAGGAACAUAGUUGUAUAAUGAAAUACUUAAGACAUUUUUCUUUAAAGCUGUUAAAAGAAAGUGUACAGAACCGAAUGCAACAUAGAGAGCCUUUACUUUGAAAUGAGAGGAACUAAGACUGUAUACCAUGGGGAAUUACUUGCUUCUCAGAAACUUCCUCCUUAUGCACAUUGGAAAAACCUUGGUGCUAAAGCAAAUCCUGGCUGCCUGUAACACAGAAAUCAAACAAAUUUAGAAAACCAUCACCAGCCGUUAGACUAGGUACCUGUAGCUAACACAACAGACUACUGUAUACUCAUUAUGCUUCAUUAAUUGGUUGCUCAAAUCCCUGUUCAGUGUUUUUUGGGGGGAUUUUUAGGGCAAAAAAUAAUUGAGCACAAAUAAGCAACAGUAAGUAAUUUUUACAGUUCCAAUUGAAAGAAGGAAAUGCUUGUGAUACUUUACUAAUUCUUUAGUGACAUGUGUAUUCCAGACAGCAUUCAAGAAGCCAGUGCAAUUCCUUUUCUAUGUUAUAAGCACAAGGCUUUAAAUAUAUAAUAUGACCAAAGCCAUUUAGGAUCAGCUGUGGAGCCUUCCCCCCCUAAAGGUUCAGGUUUGGGUCCAGGGUGCUUAAUUUCUGUUUCAUGGCCCAAAGACUUAAAAGUCAAUGCAAAUUAAGGAUGUGAGUUUACAUUUCUGUCUUACUUGCUAGGAAUGUGUCUUUUGUCUAUUGUGAAUAUUCCUAAAAUGAUGUGUGCUUUAAUAUACUGUACAAUAGCUAAUAAUAACUAUCUAGGUUUGUUACCUAUGGGGGGGAGACUGGGAGAAGGAAGGUUCAGCCCAGAUUAAAUAAUAGGUUUCUAAUCUACAAUAUGGUUUUUCUAGCAUAUUAUGUUAGGAUCUCUCUUUCAGUUUGCCAUGUUAAAAGGUACAUUUGCCACAUAUGCUAUGGAAGAACACGCACCUUAGAAAUCAGAGCAUAAAGACUUCUUUAAAAUUGUGCAAUGAUGUUGCUGAUAGCACAAAGUAACUCCCAGGAGUUUCCAGUCAACACAGCCACUGACAACAGCAUCAGGAGGACACCAGGAAUUGGGAUCACUAGAGAUGGGGCAACUUAAUGCUCUCCAGUUAUCCUGAACUACAACCUUCAUGCAGGUGGACCUUGGUGGGAUAUUGAACUCUCCAGAGAUCUGGAAGGCACCCUUUUAGAAAAGGCUGGAUUGGAGUCUCCUAAUCAUGUACUAAGGUUCUACCUAAACAGCACCAGAACAAGAGUGCAUAGCAAUCCAGGUUUUUUUUUUUUUAAAAAAAAGACCACGAAUGACAUGCAAACUUAUUCACUGUAUGUCCUGCAUGAGAUCCCAUAGAUCUCAGUGGAAUUUACUCCCCCCCAUACUGAUGCACAAGGCUACAGCCUUCAAAUCUUGAAAGCUGUUUUUCCAGAUUAUGUCAAGCAAACAUGAGUUUGCUACAGCGGAUACCCUUGACUAAAGCUCAACUCUAGGUGUGACAAAGCAUCAAUCCAUCCCUGGCUUUAUCCUGUACAUUUUUAAACGCAUACAAAAAAAGCAACAACAGGAAAACCACAGGGUGAGAGAAAGAUGCUGCUCUUUCCUCUUCGACUGUUUUGUUUCUUUAAAAAUUGCCACCCAAAUGUUUUUUCUUUGCAGCAUUAUCCACUAUAGUUACCCUACAAAAGACAAUCUGUUUAAGACAGAAGCACAUUCUGAGACAAGAGCAUGAAUGGCUUUUCCCAUUGCCUGAUCACCACCCACUGCACAAAACUGGUCGCACCUUCAAAUGUUCAACCUCUCAAGUCUGAAAAUCCAACUAGAAAUCCCAGGCAAGUUACCUAAUUCAAAUACAAGUCACAUCCAGUUUAGGUCAGAGAUUUGCAGUAACCAUCUACUCAUGGCUAUGUAUAUAUUUGCAAAUCAUUUGGUAUUUCUAGAUAAGCACAUAGAAAAUGUAUAAAACAUAACAUGAAGAUUUCCCAAAGUUCUAACAAUGAUGUGAGAGAUUGGAGGUCCUCUGCAUCUCCCGUCUACAGUUUUGUAAAUGUUGCUCUCCAUUUUACAAAAUGUUUUUAUUAUGUGGCUCUACUUCUUUUCAUAUUCCAGUUUUCAUAUAACUACUUUUUUUAAUGUUACCUGUUACUAUCCAUUGUAGUUUUUCUUGGUUCCUUGGGUAUUCUUGCAGCAAAAAGGAAUGGUAUAUUUUCAUGCACCUCAUAGGAAAAUAAAGCUAUACAUUAUUUUUUAAAAGCUUAUUAAAUAUUCUUUAAAGUUUACAGCAGAUUGUGUUUUGUAUUCUUUAAUAUUUCUGUAUACAAUAAUACUAAUACUCUUACUAAAACACUUUCGAGUUAUAUUUAUGUGGGGGAACUACACAGCACAUUUUCUCUAUAUUCAUUUUGUUCCUAUUUGUGCGAUUGGUGGCGGGUGCUACAAUAAUUUAGUAUUGUUUUGUACGAGGUCGAUUUUUUCAUUGAAUACAACCUGCUGCAAUUCAAUUUUAUGGCUUAAAAAUUACACAACUUGGGUUACUGCACUUACAUGAACCUGUAAGAAUUUGUUUACACCCUUUGAAUAAAAUUGGUUUGGAACUUC